UAUAAAAAUUAAAAUCAUAAAAACCAUGCAGCACAAACAUGAAAAAUACAUUUUGAAGAUUGUGAUAUUUAUUUUAAUUUUGGUGUCUGGAGAAAUUAUAGAAAGCUCAAGCAAUGUAUCUCAUUCCACGAUUGAUGGAUCGGACUAUAUUUCAUACGGAGUUUACACUGACAGCACGAAUAACACAGUUUAUGAGAUUAACAUGUUAUUUACGAUUCCUUUCGACCAAUCUUACAUCUUCUCAAGAGAACGUACCGAGCCUGCGAUUUAUCAGGCUUUGAGGGACGCUGAAGCUGUUUUGUGUAGCGAAUUUUAUGCAAAUCGUUCCAGAAUAGGAUUUCCUAAGAACACCUGUUUCAAUAUUAUUGCAAACGAUAGUCAAUGUGAUGCGGAUUAUGCAAUGAAUCGAGCAGUUGAUAUUCAAGAUUUUCUAUCAGUCGACAUUCAAUGUACCACUGAAGAGACAGACAGAAAUAUUCAAUCAAUGAAUGUAUUUGUUGGAUUAAGUUGCGACUGGACUGCAGGAAGAGUUGGUGCGCUUGCCAACAACUGGAGAUGGCCAGCUAUAUUUCCUGGUGUUAGAGGAUGGACAUUGGACGAUAAAAACCAAGGAUGCUGUGAGACAUUAACUAGACCUGGUCAUACUGCGACUGAUAUUGGGAAGUUCGUACUUCGUGUCUAUGACGAAUAUAAUUGGAACAAUUCGUACAUAAUUUAUACUGGGGAUACUCCACAUGGUGCUCCAAUACAUGAUGAUACUAGGUCGGAUUGUGCCACGUUCGUUGCAGGAAUGAUUCAAGUUUUUGAGGAUAGAAAGUGGACUGCAGACAAAGAUUUCACUUUCAUUGGCAGACAAAAUGAUGAAAUUUUGCUUCAGGAAAUGGAAACUAUUCUGAAUGUAAUCAAGAAUAAUGCUAGAGUGUCAGUCUGGUGCGUUGGCCGGAAAGCGAUGAAAUACGUAAUGAACAAAGCAUACGAGAAAGGCAUGGCUGAUGGAGAUUUUGCAUUUUUAUAUAUUGAUAUUUAUAACACAAAUGUUUCAUAUGAGUGGAGUGAUGAAGAUGAUCAAGAUUGCGAAAUAAUUCGUGAUAUAGCAUUUCAGUAUAACGAAAAUUAUAGUUAUUGUGACAUGAAUGUUAGUAACUCGAAUGCUGGAAUGAGGGCGCUGCAAGUGGUCUCAUUGUAUCAACCACAAACUGAACAAUUUGAGAAAUUCUCCAACUCCAUGAAAAGCAAAAUUGGAGCAGAAGCUGCAGGCACUGGACAAUUUAUCAAUCCAUAUGUAACUCAAUUCUACAAUUCGGUUCGUCUGUUGAUUAACGGAAUUAAUAAGAGUAUAAGUGAAAACAUAACGAAUUUCUCUGAUGGGAGGAGUUUUGCUCGACAGCUAUGGAAUACCACAUUCGAAAGCGUUGAUGGCUUGGUAACAAUAACUGAAACAGGAGAUAGAGUUAUGGAUUAUACUUUGUUUGAUAUGAAUCACACCACAAACCGAUUUGAGAUUGCUUCAAUAUAUUUCGCUGGCAACCAAACUUAUGUGGAAGUUGCACCUAUCGACUGGCCAGGUAACCAGGUGCCUCUCAACAUACCUGAAUGUGGAAGGUAUACACCGUGUGUAAAGGAAUUAUCAACGGUUGUUCAGAUAUUAAUUGCGGUGGCUAUUGUUCUGCUUGUAUGCCUUCUAGCAACUGCAUUUUUUGCAAACAGGCAAUUAUCCAAAGAACGAUUGGCUCGGAAAAUGUUAUGGAAAGUUGAUCCCGGAGAUGUUGAUUUUUUCGAAGACGGUGGGAGAAUAUCUUCUCAAUCGACUUCUAUCGGAAGUCAUUCUAUCGGAAGUGAGGCUGCACAGUCUGCUUCCAAUUUUAAUGGUCGUCAAAUAUUUACUAAUCGAGUCCGUUGGAAGAAUCGAUUUGUUGCAGUGAAAAAGUUGACUCAUUUGCAAAAGAUAAUUGUGGAUCAUGAGCUCGCUAUGGAGUUUGACGAGAUGCUACUGUUGGAUAAUGAACACAUAUGUAAAUUUUUGGGGGUAUGCAUUGAAGAACCGGUAUUUCUUCUGAACGAAUAUUGCUUGCGUGGAUCUUUACAAGAUUUUCUUGAAGGCGAGACUGGCUCCGCAGAAGUGGAUGAAAAUUUUAGUAACUACCUAAUAAUGGAUAUAGCUCAUGGAAUGCAGUAUUUACAUAAAAGUCACAUUCAUUCACAUGGUAAUUUGAAAUCAUCAAAUUGUCUGGUGGAUAGCAGAUUUGUUGUGAAAAUCGCUGACUACGGACUACCAUCGCUACGUUCCAAAGAAAAAAGAGACAGUGUUGUCGGAUAUAACCAUUAUAAAGAUUUGCUCUGGACUGCGCCUGAAUUACUUAGAAUGGAUGAACCGCCCCCGAAGGGAACACAAAAAGGGGAUACAUACAGCUUCGCCAUUAUCGUACAAGAAAUAUUUUAUAGAAAAGGUGUUUUUUACCUUGGAGAAAUAGACGAUGAUGAUGUGCAAGAUCUAACACCCAACCAAAUAUGCGACAAAGUAAUGCAUCCAAUACCAUACGAAGAACUGUUUCGUCCGACUUUAUUAGACAAUGACGAUGUUGUAAUUGAUACAAAGACCAGAUCUUUGAUCAAAGAUUGUUGGAAUGAAAAUCCUGAAAUUAGGCCAACGUUUGUUCAAAUAUUUAAUUUUUUCAAGAAAACGGCUAAAUACAGGAAGCAAAAUUUGGUUGACAGUUUAUUAGACAGACUCGAAAAGUAUUCUAACAAUGUAGUAAUGGAAAGAACCGAUCUUUAUAAAGCUGAAAAAGAAAGAGCCGACACAUUGUUGUAUCAAAUGCUACCUAAGAGCGUUGCUGAACGUUUAAAACGUGGACAGGAUGUACUACGCGAAAAGUUCGAUUGCGUCACCAUAUAUUUCAGUGACAUAGUUGGCUUCACUGCUAUUAGUCACGAAAGUAAUCCAUCACAAGUUGUCAAAAUGUUGGAUGAUCUUUAUACAAUGUUUGAUAGAAUAUUAGAUCAAUUCAGAGUUUAUAAAGUAGAAACUAUCGGAGACGCUUACAUGGUUGCAUCAGGUUUGCCUGAACGAAACGGUAAAGAACAUGUUCAAGAAAUAGCAAGAAUGUCAUUAGAUCUGAUGGACGGAGUUGAACAUUUUGAAAUCUCGCAUAUGCCAGGCAAGAAGAUGAAUCUUCGUGUUGGAAUUCACAGUGGAUCGGUUGUUGCUGGAGUUGUGGGACAGAAAAUGCCCAGGUAUUGUCUUUUCGGGGACACAGUUAACACUGCGGCAAGAAUGGAACAAAAUGGAGAAGCAAUGAGAAUACAUAUUUCGAACAGUACAAAAGAACUACUUGACGAAUUCGGAAGUUUUAUAACAGAAAAACGAGAUACAAAAAUCCAAAUGAAGGGUCUCGGUAGCACUCAAACAUGGUGGCUUGAAGGUGAAGUCGAAGAACAAGAAGGAAUUCAAACUACACGCAGAGUGUCGGCCAAGAUAGAAAAAGAAUUUACCGGUGGUCUUACACCAAAACGAAUAAGUGACUCGUCGGGUUUUAGUUCAGCUCGAACGAGCAUAGAAGAUGGCGCAAUACGAAUUUCUGUCAUGGGUGUAGAAGAGGAAUAUGAUCAUUCGGAAGAUGACUCUCUGAAUAAUCCAAACCUUGUGUCAACCGAACAUCAGCAUAAUCUAACUGUAAUACAAACGCGUACUCCCGGAGAUAGAGGUCAAAAUCAUGAUGAGGAGAGGAGGUCGAUAACGUCAGAGUCACAACGAAGGGUAAGAUUUCAAUUCCAAAGAGAAAAUGAAUCCUACAUGACAUCGCCGUCUGCGAAACCGAAAAGUGCAAACGGUAAACGAUAUCUCCGUGCAGAUGACAAUGACGGAUAUAUUAGCGAUUCUGAACGUUGUUAUGACGAGAUAACUUCAAUGUAGUCUAAUAAAAAUAACGAUCCAACGGAAAGAACUCUUUCAAAUUCAACACUAGUGAAACACUAUUUUGACUGUCUGACCAUGGUGUGUAGCUGAAAGCAAGGUAACGCUUCUCUCAUAUCACCUACUCCCAAAUAGGGUUUUGUUUUUUAUCAAUUCUAAAAAAAACAUCGUGUUUUAAAACAAGGGCUUGUUUUAAAUCAAAUUUUCUCUGUCUUUUUUAUUGA